UAAAGCGAGUGGUAGGAGGUUAUUGCAGCUACGCCUGCUGACCUCACCCCUGUGGACCAACCUGUGGGAUUCCCCCUGGCACGUAUUCAUUCACUGGCUGCCAUUAAAGCUCUAACCUGCGGCACCAAGGCAGCCCACAGACCCCGGUUUGUUCCCCCCUGCCAGUUAUAUUAUUAAUACAACUCCUGGGGUGCCGGGGAGGUUGAGAGGGGUUGAUGGAAGGUUAAGAGUGAGGCCGGUGAGUGGAUGCAGGAGUCGGCUGGGACCAAGAAGUCUUUUGUAGUUCACCGUGAAGUCACAGUUUUUUCUUUUCUUUUUUUUUUUUAAAUGUCAAAGCUCCGAAUGUGACAAAAACACUUUGACUGGCAACAAAAAUGCAUCUUUUUAACUUUGUAAUCUUCUUUGAACCGCUCUGGUCAAUUCUUCUUUUAAAGCAAAAGUUCCCGACAUGUCAUGACUUUGUGAAGCAGAUGGGGGAACAUGUCCCGCACUGGUAUGUGGGUUGAUUUUCUACCGGGAGACACAAAGCCCCCUGACUUCUCGACGUUUUGUCACAGGCUUGACUGGAUUUCAGACACCCCGGCAGAAAGAAACAUAGCUAAACAUGGGGGAGGACCGGGUCUCAGCCACUAAAUGCUGUUCUUAAACUUUUCUCAGGACUUUGAGAGGUCAUUAAUUUUGCCAGCCUUUUCUAAGUCUCUGACACUGGCCAUCAAUCAAAGGUGUUAUUAGUAUUCGCUCGACCCCAAACUCUGAGUAUGUCCCUGCUCAGACAGGGACCACACACUAGUAGGAAGAGAUUAAGCCUGUGAGUGUGUCACAUCAUGUUGCACCGAGCCGCCCGCUCCCUUUCGGGUUGGGUGCUGCAGAAUAAAUACAUUUUUAAGGACAGAGGGCGUGGUGGUAAUAACAUCUCAACAAUAUGGAUGCGUGCACUUAACUAAAGUUGCUAUUUGUGGGAAACAGCAUAAUGAUUUUCUCCAAAUUAAAAUUCCCCAAAGCUCCAGGCGUAUUGAGUUUCUAGAAAAUACAAUCGAUAGUUUGACCUCAGUGAUUAACACUAAAAUAAACACUGGCCCGUUAUAGGAAUUUUAAAAAUAACUGCAGAAACAAUUAGCCUCACAUUUAAUGUCCUGAGAGUGGAAACAACUCUAAAGCUCCUCACUUGUGCUCUCAGUUCAUAUAUUUUCUCCAAGCUUCUCUGCCACAGCCCAUCCCCUCUCAACCCUCUCAGCCUUUAUGCAACAAUAGAAACUUGUUUCCGGGAUCUGUGCGUCAGGCUCUGUGAUGUGAAUGACCCACCAGCACAAAAGCCAAAGCUCCUUGACUGGAAAAAAAAAAAAAGAAAGAGGGGAUAUGGCUGCCAUGACUGUGAUGAUGUCACUUUGCCAAAAAGAGAAGGAAGCAAAAUCGGUUUGGGCAGCCGUUAAAAGCUCGGUACUCCAACACGUAUCACUGUAAGGACGUAAAAUUCUGUAUUUCUGAAUAAAUGCCAUGCCUGUGACACUCAGCAUUCAGGCUGUGCAUGUUCUCAUGUGAAUUCUUGUUUUCUGGGUCAUGACAGAAGGUCUUUCAUGGUCAGCUGUACAAACAGAAAGUUUUUUUUGUCUUGUAACCAUUUGUUGCUCAUAGAUUUUCUGCGUUUCUUUUCCCAGGCUUGUGUUGGGCCACACAUAAUUAGAUCAGUGCUAUCAGUUUCACUGUCCCCCUUUCUCCUCCGGAAAAUUAACAUAAGAAAGAAUUUUUUAACGGCCUCACUCCCUCGCUGCUUCACACUUUUUCUUUCAUCAGCCCGGCUCUUAAAUAAGUCACUGCCUCACCUCAGCUUCCACUUUGUGUAAGAGUAUUCUUUCAAUUAUUCAGCUGCAGCAUCUUCUGACUUAAAAUAAGAAUAUUAAACGAAGGUCUAAUGUGAAGCAGACGUCUGCGUUGUGUGGUAAACAAAUCGAAAAUGAUAACAUUAAGUUUUAUUUUUAUCGCAUAGUUAAAUAAUGCAACACUCCGUGCGCUUAAAAAUCACUCGAAAUUCCACUUAAAUUGGGAUAAGUGCUGGCAACGUAACGAUCUGGCUCUCGGACACAUCCUUCAUUGUAUUCGCUGCUGGCCAAGAAACUUCCUGUAAAUACGUUAUUGUUUACAACAGAAGUUUCAUACCCAGGAUUUCUUAAGGUCAACAUUUCUUCUGGCACACUGAGCCUGAACUGCACUUUAUUCCCCUUUAAUUUAACAGCUCCGGCAGCUUUUCUAGUUAAAUCGACUGUUCAUUAUUGAGACCCAUUUUACGAAGGGGCUGUGAGGUGCAAUUUAAUGAAUCUCUGGCACAAAGCUCCCUUUCACUGCCGGGCGAAGAAUAGAGGCUAUUUAGACCCUGUAGGGCUUUAUGUCAAAGGCAGCCCAUAAUAGUUGUCAGGCCAGGGCAGAAAUUCCCACUGGCCUGGGAAUGCACUAGAAAUCAACUUUUGCCAUGAGCAGAUUAAGACACAAGCAAAGCAGUUGGGAAGAUUCUCCCAAAUAGUGGCAUCUGUUUGGGCACAAAGAUUUUCCCACAGAAAGGAAGCCUUUCUCACUACUGUAUAGCCCGUGUGAUAGUAAGAGUUGUUUCAGUGCCUAAACGAACAGUAAUUAGAUUACAAGUUAACUUCCCGGACAGGAAACACGUAAAUAAAAGCAUGCAUACAAAGAGAUUUUUUGUAUCGCAGCUCUGUUCGGCAUAAAUAAUAUAUCCAUCAGGGUUUUAAAGGCUUUUCUGCCCACUGUUACAGUGAUAACAUUCAGUUUCGUCGGAGCGGUUUUGGUCCAGAGCACACGUAAACAGUUAAAGCAGAGGGGGAGAGUUCUGAUGGAGGUUAUUGUCUUCAGCUCAGCAGGGAAUUUCAGACAAAUCCCUCUUAGAUGCAGGUGGUCGGACACAAGCAAAGAGUUAAGUCCUGUGGUCCCUUCGCCCCUCCUCUUUGAUGUUCUGACAUCAUUAGUCCGGCCCCCUGAAAGAUCUCCUCGCUUUCCUUAGAGCCCGUCACUUCUACUCUGGAAUGUUUACAGGAACUUCAUGAGCAGCAUCAGGACCAAGUGUUUGUCAGAGGAAAAAAGACAUGCUCUGAGGAAACCUUCGGUUCAGGGAUCACAGCGGAUGCCACAGGUGUAGCCGCUGGGCUCAACAGAGUAAUGGCUGUUCAGGCUGCGAUCAUGAACCCUCAGUUCAUGAAUUUCUGCUUCCCUGGUUCUGUGAUGGAGUACGACAUGGAGAAAAGUCUGGAUGGGAGUCUCCUCGGUGAGGCAGAAAAUGACGAGGACUACAAAGAGACCACUAGGGACUUGCUGAGCUUCAUAGACUCAGCCUCCAGCAAUAUCAAGCUGGCUCUGGACAAGCCGGUAAAAUCCAAGAGGAAAGUCAACCACCGGAAGUAUCUACAGAAGCAGAUCAAGAGGUGCACUGGCAUUAUAACACCAGGAAACAUAGCAGAAGCCCCAGUUAAAAGACAAGGUUCCCCCCUGGCUCAGCCCAGCCCUUUGCAGAGCAAAAUUCUACCUAAGCGAGACGGGGUCCAGGCAAACUUACAAAGCAAGAGCUUGGCGGCUCUCUUCAGCCCUGUGAAGGAUAUAAGGGGUGAAAAAGCCAAGAAACCACCCCUGAGGCAUCGCAAUCUGCCCCCUUCUUUCUUUACUGAGCCUGCCAACUGCUCCAAAGUCAGCUCCACAUCUGGGAUGACCCUGAAGGACUUGGAACGAGGAAAUCCCGAGGCUGCAGAGUUCUUUGAGCUCUUGGGGCCCGAUUACAGCAACAUGGUCAGUGACCAGGACCUUUAUCAAAGUAUGCCUCUCCGGGUUCAGCAAGAGAUGGGUGGCCCAGACCCUGCUUCCUACGAUUCUCACCAUUUAGUUGGUGGUCUCCUCUACUCCGAGCCCUGGACUAGCUGCUCAGGGGCCUCUAAGAAACUAGGGGGGAGUCUGCGUUCAGGCCCGGUCCAGCCUCCUGUCUACUGUCCCUCCUCUGAGGCUACUGGGCCCAUAGAGGACCAUGCACUGUGCACUUUGGCCUUCCCGAACUUCUUCACAGACUGCUCCAUACCUCAGGUCACUUAUGAUUUAAGUGGUGGUUAUAACAGAGCAAAUUAUUCAUCUCUAUGAGAAACUAAAAAAAAAACGUUGCUGUGACAAGUUUAACACUAGUCUAAGAGUCUGUGUUUGUUGGAUGAAAACAUUUAGUGUUGCCACCUCUCAAACUUUUCAUAAAACAUGUCCAAAUCUUUUUAACUAACUGGAUCCCGUGUUUCGAUUUCUACACUUUUCUGUUUAAUGUUGAGUUUGUUUCACGUGUGGACAUGAUUUUCUUUAUCUCAGGCAAUUUCAAAAUGACAUUUUGAAUGAGUUACAUCUGAAUCUGGGUACGCUUCAGUUCUGUCACCAUCGUUUGUUCAUUUCUCAAUGAAGAAAUUUCAUUCCGUCCUUUUCUAUAUUUUGCAAAAAGAAUACGUAAACAUUGCAGAUAUGGUUGUUGGUUUAGUCCACUAAACAUCACUUUUUGCCUAGAAAAUUAUACCGUAGAACUGUUUGACAGAAACAUGCUGCAACAAUCUCUCAGCGAGGCACUUUUUCACUCCUGUUAGCGUCGGUUCUGUGUAGAGACAUCGAGGGGGAAACUCAUUUUGCUGAAAUGAUGAUUACAACCUUGUGUGAUGCCAUGUUUGUUUCACAACAUUUUACAGCUCGGAAAUGAUUUUCACCUGUAUCCAUUUGGUUGGAAAAAGCCUUUUAAUGUAUCUAAGACAAAAUAAAGCUGGUCUUUAUUACUG